AUGACCGAAUUCAAGCAAACAAGCACAAGUUCUCCUUCUACCUCUUCAACCUCAACCUUGGUCAAAACCAUGGACAUUCAUUAUCCAAGAUGGUUUGGAGGUUCUGCUUCUUGUAUGGCGGUGGUGACUUCGCAUCCCUUCGAUCUAGUAAAAGUUCGAAUGCAGGCAACAACGAAAGGUCCUAAGGAAGGGUUCAUUAGAAUUGGACUUGGCAUUCUUUCCGCAGGAUGCAUGAGGUCUUUGACGUACGGAGCUACGCGCAUUGCGCUAUACGAAGAAUUGAAGAAGUCCACAGGUGCUGCAUCUCCAAGCAUAUCAACGUUGUCUGCGAUGGCUGCUGUUUCGGGCUUUGUUGGCGCUCUUUUCGGUACUCCCUCGGAUAUUGCAAAUAUUCGGAUGCAAAACGAUCGAUCCUUACCAUUGGAGAAUCGCCGUAACUACCAGAACGUUUUCGAUGCAUGGAUAAAGAUGAAGCGACAUGAAGGCUGGAGAGCUUUCUAUCAGGGUCUUUGGCCUAAUUGCUUUCGAUGUGCGAUAAUGACCACAAGUCAGCUCGCUUCCUAUGAUGUAUUCAAGAGGAUUUUGCAGAAGAUCAGUUGUACAACGAAAGAGCUACCCAUAAUCCAUCUUUCAGCCUCGUUACUUGCUAGUUUGGUUGCAACCACGAUUUGCAGCCCUAUGGAUAUUAUCAGAACUCAACUCAUGAGCUCCUCCAAACAAGCAUCUCUUUUUACUGUUGUGAAGGAACUGGUUCGAUCUGAGGGUUAUAGGUGGGUCUUUCGCGGUUGGACACCGAGCUUUCUUCGACUUGGCCCACAGACCAUGGCUACCUUGAUAUUCAUGGAACAGCAUAGGCGAGUUUACCGAAUCUGGAAGGGUUUUGAGUAA